UCUUUCAUCUACAUUUUAAAGGCUGAGCCGUGAGAAGGAUCGUCCGUCAUACAGAGCGUUACCCCGGGGUCCCUGCCUGCCCCCUCCCCGGAGCCUGAUCCAUACACCGGUACCCUGCCUGCCCCCUCCCCGGAGCCUUAUCCAUACACCGGUACCCUGCCAGCCCCCUCCCCGGAGCCUUAUACCGGGGUCCCUGCCUGCCCCCUCCCCGGAGCCUGAUCCAUACACCGGUACCCUGCCUGCCCCCUCCCCGGAGCCUUAUCCAUACACCGGUACCCUGCCAGCCCCCUCCCCGGAGCCUUAUACCGGGGUCCCUGCCUGCCCCCUCCCCGGAGCCUGAUCCAUACACCGGUACCCUGCCUGCCCCCUCCCCGGAGCCUUAUCCAUACACCGGUACCCUGCCAGCCCCCUCCCCGGAGCCUUAUACCGGGGUCCCUGCCUGCCCCCUCCCCGGAGCCUGAUCCAUACACCGGUACCCUGCCUGCCCCCUCCCCGGAGCCUGAUCCAUACACCGGUACCCUGCCUGCCCCCUCCCCGGAGCUUUAUACCGGGGUCCCUGCCUGCCCCCUCUCCGGAGCCUUAUACCGGGGUCCCUGCCUGCCCCCUCCCCGGAGCCUUAUACCGGGGUCCCUGCCUGCCCCCUCCCCGGAGCCUUAUACCGGGGUCCCUGCCUGCCCCCUCCCCGGAGCCUUAUACCGGGGUCCCUGCCUGCCCCCUCCCCGGAGCCUUAUACCGGGGUCCCUGCCUGCCCCCUCCCCGGAGCUUUAUACCGGGGUCCCUGCCUGCCCCCUCCCCGGAGCCUGAUCCAUACACCGGUACCCUGCCUGCCCCCUCCCCGGAGCCUUAUACCGGGGUCCCUGCCUGCCCCCUCCCCGGAGCCUGAUCCAUACACCGGUACCCUGCCUGCCCCCUCCCCGGAGCCUGAUCCAUACACCGGUACCCUGCCUGCCCCCCUCCCCGGAGCUUUAUACCGGGGUCCCUGCCUGCCCCCUCUCCGGAGCCUUAUACCGGGGUCCCUGCCUGCCCCCUCCCCGGAGCCUUAUACCGGGGUCCCUGCCUGCCCCCUCCCCGGAGCCUUAUACCGGGGUCCCUGCCUGCCCCCUCCCCGGAGCUUUAUACCGGGGUCCCUGCCUGCCCCCUCCCCGGAGCCUGAUCCAUACACCGGUACCCUGCCUGCCCCCUCCCCGGAGCCUUAUCCAUACACCGGUACCCUGCCAGCCUCCUCCCCGGAGCCUGAUCCAUACACCGGGGUCCCUGCCUGCCCCCUCCCCGGAGCCUUAUACCGGGGUCCCUGCCUGCCCCCUCCCCGGAGCCUUAUACCGGGGUCCCUGCCUGCCCCCUCCCCGUAGCCUUAUACCGGGGUCCCUGCCUGCCCCCUCCCCGGAGCCUUAUACCGGGGUCCCUGCCUGCCCCCUCCCCGGAGCCUUAUACCGGGGUCCCUGCCUGCCCCCUCCCCGGAGCCUUAUACCGGGGUCCUGCGCUGCCCCCUCCCCGGAGUCUGAUCCAUACACCGGGGUCCCUGCGCUGUCACUUGGCCGGAGACUAAACUCCAUCCUUGGAUCCCCUGUGCCAGGAUUACCGCUUGGAGCUAUGCGGAGGGGCUGAGCCCGGUACACCCGGAGUGUGGCCCCCGCUGAGCCGCAGGAUGAGCCCCCCCCGGACGCUGCUGCUGCUGGCUCUAUGGCUGCUGCUGCACCAGGCAGCUCCAGGUGAGGGAUGCCAGAGCGGGCUCUUCACCAAGGCUGGUGACUGCUGCACCACCUGCCCGCCUGGCUCCGGGGUCUUGUUCCCCUGCGGAGAUUCUGACACGGAGUGUGAGCCCUGCAGAGCAAAUGCCACCUUCUCCGACAUCCAUAGCGCCACUGACAAGUGCCAACCGUGCUCCAGCUGCCAGGGCGCCACGCAGUCUGUGCAAUCCGCCUGCACCAGCAAACGGGACACCGCCUGCCGCUGCCCCGAUGGGAAUUACCUGCACUUAGAGAGUGGCGCGUGCCUCCCCUGCCAGCUGUGCCCCAAAGGCUCCGGUGCCAAGGCGGCCUGUACCCGCACUGAGAACACAAAGUGUGAGGAGUGCCCCAGGGGGUUCUACUCAGAAGUGAAGAGCAGCGUAUCCCCCUGCCUGACCUGCCGGAGCCAGUGUAACGAGAAGGAGGUGGAAAUCGGCGAAUGUACCGCGCACCACGACCUCCUGUGUAUGGAUAAGGAUGUGCCCAUUCUGAAGCGCACGGAUAAGGAUGAGAACAGCACGCUGUCCGGAUCCCCUCACUUCGUCCCGCCGGAGGAUAACAGUAAGAACAUCAUCCCCGUCUACUGCUCCGUCCUGGCCGCUGUGGUCAUCGGCUUGAUCGGUUACGUGGCGUUUAAGUGCUGGAGCUCCUGCAAGCAGAAGAAGCUGCUGACCAAGACCAGGGCUGGUGAGAUGGCCACCUCCGGGGAGGGUGAGAAGCUCCACAGUGACAGUGGGGUCUUCCUGGACACCCACAGCCUGCAGGAGCAGAACCAACUCAACAAAGCAGCAAAACUGGAACCAAAACUGUACAUCAACCUGCCGCCACACAAGCAGGAAGAAGUGGAAAGCCUCCUGGCAGACACCAGCCGUGGGAAAGACUGGCAGCGCCUGGCCAACUUGCUGGGCUACGAAGAAGAGGCCAUAGAUACAUUUUCCCGAGGGGAGGACCCGGUUCACACCCUUCUCACUGACUGGUCGUCCAAGGACAGUUCUACUCUAGAGGUCUUGUGCGCGGCCUUGGUCAACAUGGAACGGGCAGAUGUAGUGGAGACCCUGAACAGCACAACAGAUGCCAGUUCUGUGGUGUAAAGAUGGCCGUUCUUGUAUGGAGACUUCAAGACAGCAGCUAGAUUGAUUAACUUAAUGCAGGUGGAAGUGUCCACAACUGGUGGCCUUAUUAAUAGUGACUUCAUCUUCAUGGACACAAUCCGCCAGCUGUAUUUGACUUUUGCUAGUCACACAAGUUCAGGAAGAUGUCUCCUGUCUUUGGGUCAUCAGUGAUGGAUUCGCUUCCUGAAUUGCCUCCAGACGUGGACCUCUGUGUGUGGGGUGGGGCGAGGUGAUAGACUUUUUCAAGGGCUCCGUUUAAAACGUCUUAAGGACUAGACACUAUGAACAUAACAUUAUUGUGGUCCACAAUACAAGUUGCUGGCUUAGGGAGGUCUCUUCUCUCCGGUGAAUGUUGGACGUUGCAGAAACAGAUUUAUGACCAGCCCACAAGAGAAGUUCAUAAGCCCAUAUUUACAUUUGCAACCAGGAGGUAAAACAUUUCCCACGCUCGUUCCAUCCGAUCCAUCCAGACUUGUAGUUACUGUCUCCAGCUUGUUUACAUCGCAGGAUUUCUCCAACUGGUCAGGAAGCGGUCAUCUGACUGCUCCAUAUGCACAUCCCUUGCGCAGAGGUCGCUGUUUUUUUGGGGGGAGGUAUUUUUUUUUUAUAGAAUUAAAUAUUUUAAUAUUAUUUUAAGACACAAAUUCAGGGUUGAUGUGGUUUCGUUUUGUUGCUUUCAAAAAAUAAAAUAAAAUAAAAAAUUCUUAACUACGGGAAUUUUUUUUUUUUCCCCUGGCAUUUUUGAUUUUUGUUUUCUGUGACUGAAGCCGCAGUUCACUCCGGACAUUACUGGUCACCAGCACAAGACUCAACACGGGACAAAAUGGAAUGUAAUUAUUUUGCGUUUAAUAUUUUAAUAUAAAAAAAGUUGUCUUUUUUGUAAUUAUUACAGACAUGGGAAAGUGUUUUUGUAAGCGAAGUCUGUUUUAGUUGGGCUGUUUUUGUAAUAAUUCUGGGCACCACUGAGCGGGGAGUCGCUAUUUCUUACGGUAGCUCUGAUUUUAUUAAAUGUUUUUUUAUUUGAAAAA